GUUCUAACAUGACGACCCUCAACAACAAGGGGAACGUGUCUUUUGUUCAGUUCCCGUGCAGAAGUGGUACUUCUUUCCGACAGGAUGACGGAGCUUCGUAGGCGAAAACUUGGGAAGGAAAAGCAUACUCAAAGCAAAAACCAUCCCCACACUCUACAUUUAAAGCAGGUUGCUGAAGACCGAGACAGAAUUUUGUGGACUGGCCUUAGCUGGGUCAAUUUGGUGGUCGGAAUUUUGAUUGCAUUUUAUAUAGGAUAUAAAUAUGCAAAAUACGUCGGAGAUCUGCACGAGAAUGAUAUGUGGUUUUCAAACAUCAAGCAAGUUGAAAGGGAAAUUUCCUUCAGAACAGAAGCUGGGCUUUAUUUUUCAUACUAUAAACAAAUGGUGCUUGCUCCAACAAUAAGUGAAGGCAUUAGGCAACUGAUGUAUGAUAAUAAAACAGAGCAUCUGAGAACAAUAAACAUUCUCAAUAGAUUCAAUGUUUACCAGGAAGUUAUUUUGGCUGUGAUUUACAAAGCCCUGAAUCUAAAGAAUUAUUUGGAAUAUGUUUAUUUUUACAUCAAUACUGUGUUUGGACUUCAUGGGAUGUACAUGGUAGCAAUCUAUUUUAGCUCUUGGUUGAUGAGUGGGACCUGGCUGGCUGGAGUUCUAGGAACAGCAUUUUAUGCUUAUAAUAGGGUAGACACAACUAGAGUUUCAUAUACCAUUCCACUACGAGAGAGCUUCUCCCUUCCCUUCAUAUACAUGCAGCUUGCAGCUAUUACUCUUUAUUUCAAGCCUGGUAUUAGCCAAAGAAUGCAGGCAUUUGGACUUGCAGGGAUAUUUAUUGGAACCCUAUUCACCAUUAUAACAUGGCAGUUUGCUCAGUUUGUUUUUCUUUUGGAAGGAUUUGCUUUGUUUGGUGCUUGGUGCCUUGAUAUAAUACCAAGAAAAAAGGCUCAGAGUGUUUUAUUUGUUAUUUCUGGAUGUCUUUUAUUGGUCUGUGUCAUCCAGUUUAUCAAUGACAUGCUGAUUACAUCACUGACAUUGCACUUUUGUUUGGCUGCGCUACUUAUCAUUGAACUAACGGAUAAUGGUGGGCAAGGCCAAGGGAUCUUUCGAAGAAUUUUCAAGCUCCUUUUUACAGCUGUAGCUGUUCUUGCAUUGACUUUUAUCAUAAACUUUGUCCUUAAGAAUUUCAUCCUUAAAAUCGACUCUGAUGAGCACAUCUUCAAAUUUGUUCUGGCAAAAAUGGGAUAUGGAGAAGCCCUGAAAAGGGAUUUCGAUUCGUUACUUUACCUUUGUGAAGGCGCAUUCAAUUACUUGCCAAUGGAUACUUUUAUUCGUUUGACCGAUGGGAUUGUCUUUCCUUGUUAUGCUGCAGCAAUGCUUGUCACGCUGAUCUUGCUUGCAACAUCUGUUUUGGCGAAGUGGAGUGGAGAAAAACCAGUUGCCUAUCCUUGGAUGGUUCAUUAUUACCCAGAAGUAGCCUUCAGUUGCAUUUUGAGUGUCUUCUUUGGAUUAAUGGCUCUCUCGACUUUAAGAAUGAAAUUUCUUUGGACCCCUCAUAUUUGCAUGGUUGGAGCGGGGAUUUUUUGUCAUCAGGACUUUUGGCGAUGGGUUUUCAGCUCAAGCAAAAUAAAAGACGGAAUAUCUCACAUAUUCGGUUAUUUGGUACCAAUUGCUAUUAUUGGACUUGUUUUGUGGCGGCGUCUUCCAUCUGCCCUUGAGGAGUUGAAAAGUCUAAGAGAAUUCUAUGACCCUGACACUGUAGAACUGAUGACAUGGAUCAGUGGAAAAACCCCCGAUCAGGCCGCUUUCACGGGCAGUAUGCAACUUUUAGCUGGCGUCAAGUUAUGCACCGAUCGACCAAUAACAAAUCAUCCACAUUAUGAAAAUAAAUUCUUACGACAAAGAACGAAAGAUGUUUAUCAAAUAUACGCACGCAAAUCACCGAAAGAAGUAUAUGAGAUCCUGAGGCAGCAUGGUUCAAGUUAUAUCAUUCUAGAAAAUAGCAUUUGCUAUUCGAGAUCUGAACAAGGUUGUCGCUUGACUGAUAUUCUUGACAUUGACAACGGUGACAAGGUGCUUGAAAAUCCUGCGGACACAGAGCCUGGACAACGGCCCAGAUUUUGCCAUGCUAUCAAAUACGACAAAAGCUUUUCAAAAUAUUUCACCAAAGUCUUCGAAAAUCCAACCUUUUACUUGUAUAAAUUGAAUUAAGUUUUUAUUUAAUACUUUCACACAAUGCUGCUGAAAAUUGUCAUGCAUCUGUGCACAUAUUUUAGUCGUGAGAAAUGUAUGAAGUGCAAAUAAAUACAUCAGAGUGGUUUUUCCUA